AUGGCUGCUUCCGCCCCUAAUCUCUACAGCUUUGCGAAUACCGAUGCUUUGGCCCAGCAACUGAGGCCUUACGUCCUCCGGAUCCAGAACUCCGCCUUGAGUCGUCACAGCACUUUCCGUGUCGCUGUCUCUGGUGGUUCCUUGCCGAAGGUGCUGGCGCAGGCUCUCCUCACGCCUGGAAAUGGGUCCGAAGAAGACACUGCUCAUUUCUCCAAGUGGCACAUUUUCUUUGCCGAUGAGCGCGCCGUACCCCUCGACCAUGAGGACAGCAACUACCGUUUGUUGAAGGAUGAACUGCUCGAUAAGAUUCCAACGGAAUUUGGGGCUCCCACCGUGCAUACGAUCGACCCCGCUCAUGUCAAUGAUGAGGAUCCCCAAGAGCUGGCCGACCUGUAUCAGGAGGACCUCAUGCGCUCUUUUGCGGCCAAAGACAGUGUGAAGUUGCCUGUUUUCGAUCUCAUCCUCUUGGGGUGCGGGCCUGAUGGUCACACCUGCAGUCUUUUCCCUGGCCACGAGCUUCUCAGAGAGAAGGAUGCUUGGACGGCAGCCAUCAGCGACUCACCCAAGCCGCCCCCGAAGCGCAUCACCCUUACUCUGCCGGUGGUCACACACGCUCUCAACAUCGCAUUUAUCGCGACUGGAGGUGGAAAGAAGGAUAUCAUGAAGCAAAUCUUUGAUGCCGAGGAAGGAAGAGACUUGCCGUCCUCAUUGGUCAACCAGGGUGCCGGUGAGAAAGUCAGCUGGUUCACUGACCAUGCGGCCAUUGAGGGCGUCGCCUUCCCCAGACGUGGCAGUUUGUAG